CAAUUACACUCCCUUAUAGCCUUACAACGCCGCUGGCAUGGCACAACACUUGCACUCAGUCUCGAAAAGAGGCCUAUCCAGUCCAACACUAAACCCACCUCACGAUCCUAGUUUUCCUUCGCACAAUGGAACAUUUCGGCCACGUACACUCCAUCAUCCCCUAAACCAUGCAAACAAUGCCAUCUCCAGCACAGAAUCCUCGCAAGAACCCGCCAAUGCACUCAACUUGUCACCAUCUCUGCCUCGCGUAUUGAAUUUUGGAAAUGAGAAAACUGUGCCGGACCCAGAUUUUCUCCGGCCACCGCUCUCAUUUCCUGUUCUCCCUCCUCCUCCUCCUCCUCCUCCACCUCCUCCGCCGCCGCCACAAUUUCAUGCACCGAAAAGCAGCCAGAUUCCACAUUCGCUGCAACGUGUAGAUUCUCCUAUGGUAUGGCACCAGCCCAGCAGAAAGAGUGUAGAACAAAACAUCCUUCUAGCUGACCAGGGAACAACUUACCAACUACUCCAAAAUGUACUCCGGGAGCGUGCCUUGAUCAUUCAAGCGAGGGCAAGCAUUAAGCAAAAACAGAGAGAUCUGGAGACACAAUUACCAUUUAGCCGCAGACUGUACGAAUCCGUUAAGACGUCUGCUCGUUUGGUUCUGGAUGAUGUUUUGAGAUCGGACAUGCCAAAGGAGAAAAGACAGCUAGUGCAACAGCAAUGGGACAAGUUUGAGGAACUAUCUUCCACUUUAGAGCUGUGGCAAAGUCGCUUGGAACAUGAACAGAACGAGCUCUGGAAGGACGAGAGCCGACUACUUUCCAGUGAGGAAAAGCUUUAUGCUCGUCUUGUCCUCUUGGAUCCAACCGCGUCCACAAAUCCUGCAGACUUUCAGUCACCUCCUUUCCCUUCAACGGUCCUUACGGCGCCUUAUACCAUGUCAAGCUGCUCAAGCGACCCUGACCCAGAUGAGCAACAGUACUACCGUUCAAUUCAGGACAUCAACCUUUUGCGCGAAGAUAUCUUCAACCUAGAAAGCGACUUCGAGCUAAAGCAGGCGGAACGAGACCAGCUCUACCAACAAGAUCUUGCACCAUCAGAGCCAAGUGAAAUAUUCUUUCAGAAUUAUUUCCAGCACCGUGAGGAGAUGGUACUAAAAUAUUUCAAGGCUAAGGCUGAUUUGGAAGAAUUUGCACAGGCCUGUCGCAAAAAAGGUAUCGAAGUCGAAGACCCGAAUCUUCCUCCAUUUCUUGACCAGAUUUUCGUUGGAGAGGAUAUCUUCAUUCAGCAUAAGUCGAAGAGUCGAAAGGCAAGACCUGUAAGCGACAGGCACAUCGUGCGCUGGAUCAGGGGCGUGCUAAGGUCAUCACUGCCUUCAAACGUUGACCUCACCAACUAUCCCAUAGCGGACAUGGACUCUGAGCAUGUUCAGGAAAAACCCUUCUGCUUAAAGCCUCCGUCCCCUAUGGAAUUUGAGCCUCCCUCGAGUAAUAUUCAUCUUAAACCCUCAACUCGAGGCGCUCACAGUUUCGAAGGUGAACUCGGUGUAAACCGCAGACGCUAUUCAACACCUGAGCUGCUAGCAGUAUCGACCCGAGAACGCUGCUUUCGAGAGGAAAUCAAUCCUACUAUAGGCGACACAUCGCUUGAUCGUAACGGGUUAUCCAGAGCGCGCACGCAAAGUGUUUCGUAGCAACGGUUUGAUGAGAGGGGUUUAAACUCCUUAGCUCCAGUCACAUCUUGAAUUGAUCUCAGCUACAAUUUACAGCCAUAAAUUGGAUCCUCGCUACGAAGGAAGACUCCAUAGACUCUCCGUGUUGGGUCCUCAGCCUCAUUCUUAUGAUUCGGGUAGUAGCUUUAGCGCCAAAUACGGUAUGACUCCGGAUUCCUCUCAGAUCAACUUGGAGCUUCAAAAUUGGUAAGGCGAGAGGCAAAUAAAUUAAGCGCCUGGCCGUCUUACCUACCACGGACUUGAAAUGUUGGAAAAGCGACGAGAGCAAAGGCCUGCGAAUCAUGCACUGCUGCAACAAAACGGAGCUUGUAUGUUUGCCUGGAAGUAAAGCCUCUAGUUUCAGGCCAGAGAUUCACUCGUUGAACUUUGAUUCCUUCUGACAUGGAACCUCACUUCGACUUUAUUAGCUUAAGUUGCUCGAUGCGUUCGAACCCAAUUGCGAUGAACUUUCUGUCUGAAAAGGAUGGACAUAUCGUCCCCAAUACAUGCAGCCUUGCCUGUGUGCAAAAUUAAUGCAGAUCUCUGACCUGUCUCAAAUGAUGAGAAGUUGUUACAAUUUGAG